GGAGGCGGCCACUCACCAAAUCAUUGAGCUGCAGCUGAAAUGGAAAAAAAAAGAGUGGCCGGAAAGCAGGUUAGAGGCUGAUAGAAUAAAAAGGAGAAGAGGCGGGGGAAACAAUGACAAUAACAUCAUGGGAUUAAGCAACAACCGUGCUUUUAGUUAGACCGUUCAGGAUGAAGCUGUUUGAAAAACCCAGCGGAUUUUCAGACUUCAGCCGUCACGUUCAGAGCUGAGCUGUCAGCCGCAGUGGAGAUAAAAACAACCGUACAAAGAAGAGGACUAAAUUAACACAGGUGCAAAAUAAAAGGCAACCCCCUCUUUCAGCUGUGAUAUUGCUCCAUGGAAGGGUAAGAGGAUUUACGCUGACCGGAGUGAUGCCUGUGGCCUGGAAUUAGUAACGAGGGAGGGAGACUCAGAGGAGUAUCUGUGGAUGUGAAGAGCAUGCGUCAGCACCAAGACAGGAUGGACGGGCAGAGAGGAAGGUGGUGACAGCAGAGGUGAGCAACAGAGCCAGACUGGAGGUGAAGAUUUGAGACGAUUAAAAAAGUCAUCUGCUGGAUUCGUCACGCUCUGGGCCACACCUCGACUGCAGCACCUCUGGACAACGACGGAGGGAAAUAUUUUAUCCAUAGGAGAGGAAAUAAACUUGGAAUAAUCAGUUUGAUUUCGCAGAUUCAUCCUGACAAUAAAAGCUCCUGAUUAUCUUUUACAGUUCUCCUGAAGGGGAGCCUCUCCUGCCAGUUUACAGCUAGAAGAACUGAGCCUGGAUCAUUGUUGUCUGCAGCCUGUAGGAGGAAUUAAUUUCUAAAGGCUGCACUGAGAACACCUGGGUUUCCAUAGAGUGGAACAAAGAGUCAUAAAAGGACAAUGAGGAGCUGACUUGACCAAAAUAAUGAAGUUGGAAUCGCUGGAUGAGAUGAUCUAUCAGUGUCGUUGAAUUAUAAUCUGAACUUUGAUGCAUUGAAGGAUCUGAGGUGACUUUGUUUGCACCGGGCUGUGCUCAUCCUGCUGAUGACAUCAUGGAGUUUGUAGCGAGCUGACUGGCUGGUUGAAGCUGUGGACAGCUCUCUGAGUGGAGGAGUUUCUGUUCGAGGUCUUUGAGGACACGUAGCCCCUGGGCAGGGACCAGCCGGCUGCUGCAGCCCCACGAUGGGAGAGACUGCAGAGUACCAGAGGUUGCAGGACACGUCUGAGCCUGACUACCAGGAUUCUGCCAGCGAUGAUGAAGAGAGACUGGGCAGCAGCAGCAUGCAGAGCGAGGAGGGAACAGGGUGGCUGCUGGAGCUGCUGCUGGAGGUGCAGCUGCAGCAGUACUUCAAACGCAUCAGAGACCAGCUCAACGUCACGCGCCUGUCGCACUUCGACUACGUCAAAAAUGAAGACCUGGAGAAGAUCGGCAUGGGUCGACCUGGGCAGAGACGGUUAUGGGAGGCUGUGAAACGGAGGAAAGCCAAGCGGAAGUCCUGGAUGAGCAAAGUGUUCAGCGGGAAGCGUCCAGAUGGAGAUCUGCCUCAGCAGGGCCAACCAACGUCCUCCUUCCGUAAACUGUCCCUCACACCUCCCCUCUGUCUGGGUGAGGGGACCCUGUCCAUGCAGUCCACUGGGGGCUCCCCCCUGGACGGGCAGCAGCAGACCCUGACCUGCCUGAUCCCCGAGAAGGACCUGACACUGUUUGAGAAGCUGGGAGACGGCUCCUUCGGCGUGGUGAAGAGAGGAGAGUGGCUGACCCCUGCAGGGAAGCUGAACGUGGCCGUGAAGUGUCUGAAAACGGAUGUUCUGAGCCAGCCUGACGCUCUGGAGGACUUCAUCUGUGAGGUCAACGCCAUGCACUCCCUGGACCACCAGAACCUCAUUCACCUGUAUGGUGUUGUGCUCACACACCCGAUGAAGAUGGUGACCGAGCUGGCUCCUCUGGGUUCUCUGCUGGAUCGUCUGCGGUGUGCUCACCCACAGGGUCCGGUUCUGAUUCACACUCUGUGUCAGUACGCCGUGCAGAUAGCUAGCGGCAUGGCGUACCUGGAGCAGAGGAGGUUCAUCCACAGAGACCUGGCAGCAAGGAACAUCCUGCUGGCCUCUAAAUAUAAAGUAAAGAUUGGGGACUUCGGCCUGAUGAGGGCGCUGCCCAACAACGAUGACCAUUAUGUCAUGCAGGAGCAUCGAAAGGUGCCCUUUGCAUGGUGCGCUCCAGAGAGUCUGAAGACGAGAACGUUUUCUCACGCUACAGACACCUGGAUGUUUGGAGUCACUCUGUGGGAGAUGUUCACGCACGGUCAGGAGCCGUGGCUGGGCCUGAAUGGGAGUCAGAUUCUCCAUAAAGUUGAUAAAGAGUGUGAACGGCUGCUGAAGCCAGAGGACUGUCCACAGGAUAUCUAUAACGUGAUGCUGCAGUGCUGGGCUCAGAAACCUGGAGACAGACCCACGUUUGUUGCCCUGCGUGAGUUUCUUAUGGAGUCCAUGCCCACAGACAUGUGUGCUCUACAAGACUUUACCGAGCCGGACAAACUGCACAUCCAAAUGAAUGAUGUCAUCACCAUCAUAGAGGGCAGGGCCGAGAACUACUGGUGGCGAGGUCAGAACAAACGGACCCUGAAGGUGGGACAGUUCCCCAGGAACGUGGUGACGUCUGUGGCUGGGCUGUCGGCGCACGACAUCAGCAGGCCUCUGAAAAACAGCUUCAUUCACACGGGUCAUGGAGACACAAACCCCCAACGCUGCUGGGGCUUCCCAGACCGGAUCGAUGACUUAUAUCUGGGGAAUCCCAUGGACCCUCCUGAUGUUUUGGCUUUUGAACACGGUGCUCCUCGGCCCAUGCAGCUUCCAGGACGAACUAAAAAGGAGCCCCCUCCUCGCCCCCCUCAGCCAGCAGUCUUAUUGAAGGGUAAGGCUGGUUUUACUUCCUGUUCCUGCCCUCUCUGUUCACUCUUAGCUCCACUCCUGAAAGCAGAACAUUGUUACGAUCCAGUAAGUGAAGAUGAAGAUGUGACCUCUGCAGCACUCAGGAAAUUAUCUCUAAGAAAAACUGGCUCACUGAAAGGCCUCAGACUCAAACCCACUGCUUGGGUCCCUGGUUCCAGACAGGGGAGCGGCAGGACUGCAGGCUCAGGCCACGCCCCCUGCAGCGAAGCGGCUCUUAUUGACUUCGGGGAGGAAUUUCCCUCGUCCACGCUCUCACCCUCUCCUGCGUUUGACCCUCAGCUUCCUCUGCUGGCUAGGCUAGCUCAGGAAGCAAAUAAUCUCCUGGACAAGACCCCGCCUCAGAGCCCGUCUGCAGCGCUGCCCCGACCCCUUCACCCAACCCCUGUAAUGGACUGGGAUGCACGGCCACUACCUCCACCCCCUGCCUACGACGAUGUGGCCCAGGACGAAGACGACAUGGAGGUGAGCUCCAUCAACAGCUCAGAGCAGCCGCUGGAAGAGGAGAAGAGGGCUGUUUGUGAUGUCGAUGGAGCUCUCUCCUCAGGACACACGAUGGGGGGCGGAGCCUUCAUCACCGCGGGCUCGGACAGGCCAGCUGUUGAGGACAACCUGUUUGUUCCCAACAAGCAGAAUCAGGACACGUCAGCUUCUUUCUCCCAGUCUGUGGAAAUCUUCCAAGAACUGCAGCAAGAGUGCAUGAGGAGGCUCAACGUUCCAACAAGACCUCAGACGGUUCAGAGCGCAGAGGAGCAGCAGAGUUCCUUCUCCACCAGCGAGGACAAACCUCAGAUCCCCCCACGUGUCCCUAUCCCCCCUCGCCCCAUAAAGAGGGGGGACUACGCUUCUGCUCGCUGGUCAAGGGAUCUUUCUGUUUCGCCACUGCCGUCUGAAACCAAAAACUCUCUUUCAGUCCUAAACGGACCACCUCAGAUCCCUCCCAGAGACCCUUUGUCUCAGCCGGGCUCCAGGACUCCAAGUCCCAUCUGUCCGCUGGGCUCCACCCCACAGAGACCCUUCUCUGUCAGCCCCUCCAGCCUCUACCUCUCCACCUCUCCAGGUAAAGCCAUGCCCACCACCCACAGCUUCGCCUCCAAUCCUAAAUAUACUGCACCCAAAGUGAUCCAGGCUCAGGAGAAAAAUCCCUCCAGCAAAGGCCCCUGCAUCCUGCCCAUCGUCCGUGACGGGCAGAAGGUCAGCAACACACAUUAUUACCUUCUACCAGAGAGGCCUCCUUACCUCGACCGGCUGCAGCGCUUCUUCAGGGAGGCAGAGAGCCUCCCCACCACUGACGCAGAGGAGAGACCUGUACGGCCGCCCAACUUGGCUACAGUCAGACCAAUGGUGGUCAACACACAAACAGUCCAGGGACACAUCCAGGGACACGGGCUCAUCCAGCCGGGGGAGCUAAAGACAAACUUGUCCUCUAAUAAUAACAUGAGUCUGAGUGGACCAUGUUCAGGGCUGAAGACAUCGGUUAGUCUCCCUCGUGUGUCUUCAGACGGGUUGACAGUAGCAGAGGUCUCGACUUCCUGCACCAUGACGGAUGCUGGAGGACAUUCACUGGACAGAGUUAAAAUGGUGCAGGAAGUUGUUCAUGGUGUGACAAUAGAGGAGUGUCAAGCUGCCCUCCAGAACCACAACUGGAAUGUCCAGAAAGCUGUGAAUUUUCUGAAGGUGGAGCAGUUGUUCUGUUUGGGUUUGAGGAGUCGCUCUGAGUGUUUAAAGCUCCUGGAGAUGUGUGGCUGGAAUCUGGAGAUGGCCAGCACUCAGAUGUUAGAUGAUUAUGGAUCCACAACCAAACAAAGGUACUGAACUCAGAGUUGUUAAAGGGAUCCAUGAUUAGUUGUAAC